UCUAGCUCUAGCUCAUUUGAAACGAAACUAUUCCCCCUGACGGUUGUAACGAUCACUUAAUCCUUUGCACUGCAAAAGAUUUGUGGCAUCAAUUGCAAAUAGAUACUUGAUUGAAUUUAAUGGUGAAUUAAUUAAUCUCAUUCUUGAAAGUGAAGAUUUUUGAAUUGAAGUGUAGUUUAAAAAAAUCGCCAAGCACAUCGAUUUUUGAUCGAUCAUCGAAUUGAUUGGAAAGAUAAUUAGAAAUAUCGUACAGUGAACAGCAAUACACCAUACAAAAUAAUGCAAACAGAAACAUAAAGUGAUCGUGAUUAAAUGUGUAUGUGUUGCUAAAACUGUGUAGUUUGGUCACAAAAAUAUCUACUUUAUAUGAAAGUGCAAUAGAUUGGUUAAAAGGAAGAAUUGUGAUACAACUAUGCCGAAACGGAAAAAGGCUCCAUCGCCCAAGUUUGAUCUGCUUGAGGACGGGUUUGAUGAUGACUUCAGUUCAAAUGACGACAAACCGGGCACGCCGAUCCAACGAAACGCAGCAAACGCACGUGAGCGGGCCCGCAUGCGCGUACUGUCGAAAGCGUUCUUCAACCUGAAGCGCAACAUCCCGUGGGUACCGGCGGACACCAAGCUCUCCAAGCUGGACACGCUCCGGCUGGCCAAGAACUACAUCACCUACCUGGCCGCCACACUGGACGGCCAGUCGGUGGAGGAUUUCUCUACCAACCUGGCCCAACCGCCCAAAACGGCAUGGCCUUUCAUCUUCCAGCAAGUUCAGCCACACGAGACAAGCAAAUCGAGCAAGCACGGAACGCAGUCAACGACGGCUGCCGCGUUCACAGCUACGCCACCGAAUGUCGGUCAAUCCACAUGUGCCACCAUGGCGGCUGAUCGGCAGCCGGGCAAGUGGGUCGACUACCAUCAUCCCAAAGAUGUCACCUCCGGUGGUGUCGCUGUGUCGGAGGGUAUCAAAUCUCAAACCAUCGCACCGUCGCCGCUGAGCGUUGCCGCUUCGUUGGGUGGAUUCUCGGAAAAUCGCAUCGGUUCUACCGUUCCCGGUCUGGGGGAUGGCGUUGUUGGGGUUACCGAUUACGGGGGGUUUGGAGAAGCGAUGGGGAUGGUGGGAAAUUCGGCCACCCUUCACCAUCAACCCCAGCAGGAGCCUCACCAUAACCAUCGACAGCAGCAGCAGCAGCAGCAUUCGGUUGUGCAGCAGGAGCAUCACCACCAGCUACAUCACCAUGGGCACCAGCAGUAUCAAACGGCCGGUGGGAGUGGUUGCCACGUUGGGGGAAGCGUUGGAAUGUCCGGAGCGUACCAGCACCGGCAGCAUAUGGCUUCGAUUGGCAGUGAUUGACACGGGGACGGGUUAUGGCACGGCACCCUAACUGUACUUAUAGUAUUUAUAAAAUAGACAACUUUAAAGCAAAUUCGGACUAAUCGUACUGUUACAUACCAAAGUAUUAAAAUGGAUCGUAUUACAACAAAAAUUAUAAACAUACAGAAACUUUUGCGAAAUAAAUUGCACAUUGAGUGCCGAAAGUGCUGUACCGAAA